AUGUCGUCGGUGGUGAAACGGGCCACGCGCUCGCUCUCCUUCCGGGCCAUGCGCAACAAGAACGAAAACAAACUCGAUCGCUCGACCUCAAUCUCGGCGUCAGACAGCGACAACGAGGACACCACGACCACCGCCAAUAGCAACUCAUCAUCCCCAUCUUCUCCCAUUCCAUCUCCAUCUUCAUCUUCUUCAAAGACGAGCAAGCACAAGAAGACGAAAUCGAAAUCCAAAAUCAAAUCGCCACGCUCGCCGCCUUCUCCAUCUUCGGCGUCAGGCGCGCCCGCGACAUCGUGUACGACUAUCCCCUCGCCCCGUUCGGCCACGUCGGCGCGACAAAGCGUCACAAUGAUGAUGAUGGUACCCUCGCCUGCAUCCUCGCCCGGCUGCCUCUCAUCCUCUUCAUCGACCGAGAUCGUAGCCGUCAACAAUUCGGCGGGAACCCGCAGCCGCGAGCAUCUUCAGGAGGAGAGCCGCGGGCGCAUCAACUCCAUCGCCCUCUCGCCUCGUCGGGCGGCGCUCGACGUUGAUGCGGACGACACCGGCUCCACCACGAUCAUCAAAUCAAAGAGCGCAGAAAGCGAAGCCGUGGCGGAAGAACGAAAGCGACGAGAAAGCGAAUGCGAAAGCGGGGAGGCCGUUUCCCGCAAGAAGGGGAGGGGGCGGGCCAACUCCACCCCCGCCCCGCGGCCCAGCAUCGUGCCGGGCCUCACCGGCCUCCACGCCCUCGCCCACAACGCACCGUCACCGUCGCCGUCGCCGCCGUCAACGUCCACGUCACCGUCGCCGCGCUCGCCCAAGGUGCUGGGCUCGUCCAAGUCGUCGUCGGCGGCCGCGUCGCAGGGCCGCAAGAGCGGCGGCAGCGGCGGCAAGCUCAAGCAAUCGAAGAGCGCGCGGGUGCCCAAGUCGGCGCGGGGCGAGGGCUGGAGCUUCACCUCGGCCCGCGCCACAGGCAUCGCCUCGUCGUCGCCGGCGUCGUCUUCGCUCUCCUCGACGCCGUCGGCUUCGUCUUCGCUUUCUUCGUCGUCUUCGCGUCUCGGGUCAUCGUCGUCGCGUCGCGCUGCCAGCGAGUCGUCGUCGCCGGUGGUCGAGGUGGUCUUUGCCAAGAGCGACGCGACGGCCUGGGUGCGCAAGCACCACAUCACCGCCGAGGAGGCCCGCGACCACAACACGCUCGUGGCCCUCAUGCCGUCGUCGAUGCGACGCAACAUUCCGAUGGGCGACGUGCUGGGCGCGGGCGAUCAGUGGACCAUAGACGGGACCGAUGUCGAGGCGGCCGACGAAAGCAGCGCCGCCGCCGCUUCCAAGGAGAACGAAAGCGAAGACAAAGCAAAGAGUGAAAGUGAGGACGGAGAAAGAAUGAAGGCGUAUGGAAGCGGCGAGGUGCACGUGUUCAAGCGGCCGGCGGUGGCCGGGCUCGCGAUCCCGUCGGCGCGCGAGCAGCCAGCCUCCGCGCUGCGAACCUAUCGGGACGAGAAGGAAAAGGAAAAGGAAAAGGCGGGCGGGAGCACCAUCAUACGCCGCGGCAUGGCCGCCAUGGCCAGCCCGAGGACCUGGCUCGGCAAGAAAGACGACAAAGAUGGAAUGCUAGCGGGGAGCCCACCGAGCGGGUCGCCGGAGUCGCACUCGCCCAAGAACGGAGAGCGACGCAAGGGGUGGUGGGACAAGAAAGAAAAAGAAAAAGACAAGGAAAACGAGAAGGGCCUCGAAGACUGCAAGAAGGAGGGCAAGUGGCGAAGCCGGAGCAAGCGCCUGAUGCGGAAGAAGCCCGACGCCGACGCCGUGGAGCCAUCGGGCGACAAGAUCGCCGCCGCCCCGCGCACCGGCCUCGCCGACGGCGGCGACGACGAUGAAGGACACAACAAGUCAACGGCAACGACAACGGCGGGCGAUGAGUCGUCAUCGGCACAGCCGGUGGAGGACGAGGAGCAGCCCUCCGAAGGCGAAGACGAAGAAGACAUCCGAGGCGAAGACGAUGACGCCGUCGCCGUCAUUCAUGGUGUCGACAGCGCCACCGCGGCGCCGGCGGCGGCAGCCACCAGGAGCAGCGACCAGCUCGACCAGGCCGUGGGCGGCGAGCCCAACAACGCCGCGGCGCCGGCGCCGGAGGCUGCGGCCGCGAAGAAGAAGCCGGCGGCGGGCCAGGAGCGGCGGCCGAGCGUGGUGGCCACCAAGACGGUGAAGAUGGCGAUGGAGGAGGAACUGCUGUCGCGCGUGAAGGAGAGAGCUCCCGACAGCGGCUCGGCCUCGGCCCUCGGUAAUGGCACAAGUGGCGGCGGUGCCGACGAUGACGACGAGGAGGAAGACGAGCUGUUCUUCUCCGAGGCUAACGAGGCCGUGGUCAUCCAGCUUCCCCAGAAGGCUGAGUGA